AUGGGGAAUUGCAGACUGAAGCAGGAGGGUGAGAGGCUGGCCAGCCCCACGUGCGUGCGCUUCACUGCGGAGAUGGUGCAUCACCUGCUGCAGUGGGAGCCGGUACACAACGCCCCCAGCGACGUCCACUACGAAGUGGAGCACAAAGUCUACGGCACAAAUUUGUCCUGGACAGCCAUUCCAAACUGCAUGAAGCUCUUGAACUGCUCCUGCGACCUCACAUACUACACCCUGGAUCCUGCCCUGCGCUACUACGCACGGGUCAGGGCUGUGUCCGGAAACCACACGUCCCUGUGGCAGAGGACCAACUCUUUCUCCCCACAAGAAGCCAGCCUGCGCCUGUCAGGCCAGAGCCUCUCCGUGAUGGGCAACACCAUCCACGUGCAGCUGCAGCUGCUCCUCAGGGAGGGGAACCUCACCGUGAGAUACGAUGACAUACAGAAGCACGCAAGGCGGUACCGGGUGUUCGUCAGGAGGGCGCAGGACAAUCGCACGUACGAAGAGGUGAAGACCACCCCAGAGUUCAACAUCAGCAACCUCUUCUGGGACACGGAGUACUGCAUCAGCGUGGAGCCCGACGUGGCCAGCCGGCAAAUCCGCGCCACGCGCACCAAUGAGCAGUGCGUCACCAUCGGUGAGACAGACAGGAGUGCAGAGCUUGUCCCGAGCAUCGUCAGCUCCUCCUCCAUCACCGUAUUGCUCCUGGGUCUCCUGGGAGCUCUGCUGGUGUGCACCUACAUAAAGAAACCCGUGAGGCCGCCAUCUGUCCUGAAGUCUUUCAUAAAGCAGAGCUCGCUCUGGGUGGAGCAGGAGUCCUCGUCCUCCGGCAGCCCGGACGCAGACCCUGUGCAGCAGUUGUUCCUGUGCCAGAAGGAGCCCCAGCAGGACAGCGGCCACAACGACAGCACCGGCGCAGCCCAGCUGUCCCCAGAGAAGGGCUGGAGGCUCCCAGCACGGCCCGAGGACCGGGAGUGCCUGCUGGGGCCGGGGACCAUGGGGAGUGGAGACAGCAGCUGCACCAGCACCGACAGCGGCAUUUGCCUGCGCACCUCCUCCUCCUCCGAACUGAGCUGCUCCUCAGGCCACGAGCCCCAGGGCUACAAGCGGCAGUUGCCCACUGGUGACGACAGCGGCAUAGGCUUGGAGAGCCCUCGCCCCACAUGUUCCUGCGACAGCGGGAACGCCAGUCCGGCCGAGACGACGCAGCCCCACGGAGGGGAGCUCAGCCUCCCCCCCACCGCCGGCCAGGACAGCCAGCAAGACGUGGAGUUCCGCGGGUACCUGCAGCAGUCCAAGGGCACAGUGGAGCCAAGGCAGGACCCAGCCAAAGGGAUGCUCUUCUCGGGCUGCGCAGGAUCCCCGCAGGGCCCAGGCAGCACCGACACCGUGCUGGAUGUAGAGUGCUCCGAGCUGGCUGUGGCCAAAGGGUACUUGAAGCAGUCCUCUCCCGAGCAUCCCUGCAGCCGCACACAGGACCUUGCUCCGUGGGGAGACCCUCGGCAGCCCACCGCCUGCGACUUUUCCAGCCAGGUGGGGCCCCGAGCCCCCACUCUGCUGAGCUAUGGGGCUCCGGGUGCUCCCUUGGCCUCUAAAGCCAGCCCUGAGCUCCUGAAAGCUCCCUUCGACUUGAGCAUCUUCAACACUGACCUCCUGGGGACGCUGCCCAUCAUCUCCAGCCUCAGCACCAACGAGUGGCUCGGGUUGCAAAUCAACCCCCUGAGCCUGCUCAACGGGGACAGCAAGGACAGCCGGCUGUGA